GCUCUGGGCCGGAUGUAGUCUUGGUCUGAGAACUGCUGGUCCAAGCUGGGCAAGGGUCUCCCAUGUCUACAUUCAUGGCGUCCCCUAACAAGGCAGUGAUUGUUCCCGGGAACGGAGGCGGGGAUGUGGCCACCCAUGGCUGGUACGGCUGGGUGAGAAAGGGGCUGGAGCAGAUUCCUGGUUUCCAGUGUUUGGCUAAAAACAUGCCUGACCCAAUUACAGCUCGAGAGAGCAUCUGGCUGCCCUUCAUGGAGACAGAGCUGCACUGUGACGAGAAGACCGUCAUCAUCGGCCACAGUUCCGGGGCCAUCGCAGCCAUGAGGUAUGCAGAGACACAUCAGGUAUAUGCUCUCGUAUUGGUGUCUGCAUACACAUCAGACUUGGGAGAUGAAAAUGAGCGUGCAAGUGGGUACUUCAGCCGCCCCUGGCAAUGGGAGAAGAUCAAGGCCAACUGCCCUCACAUUGUACAGUUUGGCUCUACCGAUGACCCCUUCCUUCCCUGGAAGGAACAACAAGAAGUAGCAGAUAGGCUGGAUGCCAAACUGUACAAAUUCACUGACCGUGGUCACUUCCAGAACACAGAGUUCCAUGAACUGAUUAGUGUGGUAAAGUCUAUGCUCAAAGUACCAGAAUAGUCAGGAUGACUCCUGCUCUGUAACAUGCCAGGAUGGGGCAGAGCACCUAUUCUCACAUGUCCAGUUACACUACUAAAGUGCCUGAAGAACAAAACCCAUUUGAACACUCACACUAAGUUACUAGCACUUUCAGUUCCCACAGAACUUAAAUCUUCCUGAAAAGCUAACAACUAUAGCAGUAUGUUUCCUGUUUGAUAAGGGAUGCCGAGUUUAGCUAUCCUGUUGAUGCAAAGAGAGCUAAGUCAAAAGAAUCCAGAACUUGAUAGACAUGGGGGUGUGUCCCUGCAAUUACUUCAGAGAAAGCUGCAGAUGAGGAGGGGAAGGCUAGCUUGACCCUGUCUCAGAAAAGAAAGAGCAAGAAGGCAGCCCAGGUCUCCUGAGUCUCAUUCCAAAUUAUAACUCAUAGGUUUAACAAGAUGUGAUCUGCUUCUGAGACCCCAAUACUUAGAAAGGUGAGGAAGAUGGAUCCUGAGUUUAAGGCCUGUCAUAAGCCUAAUAAAGUAAAACCCUAUCUCAAAACAAAACCAAAAACAGGUUUUCAUUCAAAUUAUAUGAGUGACAGUUUUUCCUUUGUGAAAUAAAAUUUUUCUCAUACCUGGGAAAGAAAACAUGAUUCAAGGUCCAGAAGGUUGUCUUAGAACUCAAACUCUAGCUGCUCUUUCAAGCUGGCUCAAGAGCAUGAACUCAAGUCUUCAUCACUGGAAUCCCUGACCCCACCACAUCCCCAGGUCCUUCUGACAAGUUGAGAGAGACCAACAUCUGUGGAUGCUGAGUAAGGGAACUGCAGGGGCAGCUAUCUGCAGAGCCUGCCACCUGUGUAUCACCUGUAUAUCACCUGUGUAUCAACUGUAUGUGACUGGCAGGAUUAGAUUGUGGGGAGUGCUGCAGUAUAGAAACAUGACAAGUACUCAUGUCCUUUUUUUAACUGGAGGAAUAUAUGUGUGUAUGUGUAUACAAUCCCUUCAUGAAUUAUGGUAGCUGGCAACAACAUUGUAAUUAAAAGAUUUGCAAAUGCUACAAGACAAAGACCAGGUCAUCCAUUUGUGAGCUUGAUUGUAAACAUUUUUAGAUUCUCUAUGAAGUCCAAGAAGAGCCUAAGAUAACCAAAAUGAACAUAAUACUAAAGGGUGGAAAACAAGGGAGCAAUCUGUACUGUGUUAUUAAGUUUUAAGUAUCUUCAUAAGAACCUUUGUGGGGCUGGAGAGAUGGCUCAGUAGAUUAAGAGCACUGACUCUUUCCAGAGGUCCAGAGUUCAAUUCCCAUAAACCACAUGGUGGUUUUGUAAUGGGAUCUGAUGCCCUCUUCUGGUAAGUAGACAGUGUACUCACACACAUAAGUAAAUCUUAAAAAAAACAAAAACAAAAAACAAAGCUUUUCCACAAUGCAAGUUUAAUUCUAGAGUUCAACCUCUUGUAGAGAGCAUUCAAGCAACACUGCCGAUUUUUCUUACAUUCACUCAAAAAUAAAAAACCCUUUUUAAUACUACUUUCUAUAUUGUAUAUAUUCUAUGUAUAAAAUGGUUUCAUGAUUACAUUUUCACUGUUUUAUAAAGUACUUUGACCAUAUGUAAUAAAAUAAAAUGUUUAUUUCCUAGUA